AUGCCUUGUCUUGAGAAACUCCAAAUCGACAACUGCAAGUUGAGCUGUCUUCCAGCAAGCCUCGCCAGCACCAAGAGGCAUACUCUUAGAGAACUAUACCUUUACGAGCUCACCAACAUGACACAUGUGGAGAACAUCCCUUCAGUUGUGAAACUUGACGUGUUUGACUGCCCUGAGCUGAAGAAGAUCAGCGGCCUCUCCAUGAUGCAGAAGAUUAGGAUCGUUCGCGGCCCAAAGCUGGAGGUUCUAGAAGGUGUCGCAGCACUUGACAGCCUCGUGCUGGAGGACACCACCAUGGACACGCUACCAGACUACCUACGAGCUGUAAACCCAAGGUAUCUCGAGUUGUAUUGCAACAAGAAACUACACGAAUCCUCCUCAUCACCAGGUAGUUCUGAAUGGAACAAGAUCAGCCAUAUUCGAAAGCGCAGUAUCAAUUGA